UCUUGGGUCCCGAGUGUCUCGGACGACAAACAAAUCAACCAACCACAAGGAGAGUCAAAACAAUAGAGUAGCAUAGACAGACACAGGGAAGAGAGUUUAGUUUCAAGUUUCAACUAAUUCCCCCUCCCUAACUGCUAAAGAAUCGAGUAUUUUUCAUCACCUGGACUUCAGAGAAUGCCAACUCUGGCUGGUAAUCAAGUUUUCUCAUCAAUCUCUACUGAUGUAUCCAAGAUCCUUUCGCAUUCGAGGCCAUUUUGCAAAAAUUUUUCUGGUUCCUGUAUCCGCCUUACAAGUGUUGCUACUCGGGCCCGGAUUUCCAGUGAAUUAACUUCUCAACCACUGCAAUGCAAGAAUGCUCUAUCUGUAUGUGAUCCCCUGGAAGCAAUACUGUUUGACAUCGAUGGCACCCUAUGUGAUUCAGUCCCCAUCCACUAUUAUGCCUUCAGAGAAAUGCUUCAAGAGGUAGGUUACAACGGAGGGCAGCCGAUAACUGAGGAAUUUUUCAUUAAAAGAAUGAAUGGCUUGCAUAAUGAUGAACUCUGUCAGCUUCUCUUUCCAGAUUGGGAUUUUGAUAGAGCCAUGAAAUUUAUGGACGACAAGGAGGCUAUGUUUCGAAGGUUGGCACCAGAACAAUUGAAACCAGUUAAUGGUCUUGACAAGUUAUGCAAAUGGAUUGAAGAACGUGGUCUGAAGCGAGCUGCAGUCACUAAUGCUCCAAAAGAAUCUGCUGAGCUAAUAAUAUCAAUGUUAGGUCUUGACGAUUUCUUCGAACUCAUAGUCCUCGGAAGUGAGUGUGAUCGAGCAAAACCUUUUCCUGACCCCUACCUGAAGGCUCUUGAACAUCUUAAAGUUGCCCGAGAACACGCUUUUGUGGUUGAGGAUUCUGCAUCUGGAGUGAAAGCGGGGGUUGCAGCAGGGAUGCCAGUGGUAGCUAUAGCUUCGGAAACCCAGAAAAACUAUUGAAAGCGGCUUGAGGAGCUACUUUGGUUGUCACAGAUUUUG